AUGCCCGGUUCCCUCUCCCUCUUCUCCGUAAAUGCGGUCCUCGUCAUGUCCGCUGAUGAUGGGUCCCGCAUCUACGCAAAGUACUUCUCGGCACCACACCCCCCGCCGGCGCUGCACCAAACUCGACUGAUUACCCCGGAGCAGCGUUCUUUCGAGAAGGGCCUCCUUGAGAAGACCAACAAGUCCGCAAGCGAUGUCAUCCUUUACGAUAACCGCAUUGUGGUCUUCAAGAUGGAGAGCGACGUCAUGCUUUACGUUGUUGGAAGUGCCGACGAGAACGAGGUCCUGCUCUACAAUGUUGUACUGUCACUACGAGAUGCUCUGGGGAUCUUAUUCAAGGGCGCAACCGACAAGCGCACUAUCGUCGAGAACUACGACCUCCUCUCCCUGACCAUUGACGAGACUAUCGACGACGGAAUCAUCCUCGAGACUGACCCGGUCAUGAUCGCUUCGCGUGUCAGCCGCGCACCGGCUGCAGAUGCACCCAAUAUGAAGAAUAUCGAUCUCACGGAACAAGGUCUAAUGAACGCCUGGGAGUUCGGCAAGCGGCGUCUUGCAGAGGGAUUGAGACAGAUGUAA